AUGCCAAGGAUGUGUAAUGACCCCAAUUUCAACACUUGCCCAGACUAUGCAUUGGAUGUCUUUGCUAAUACUCAAGCUCAACUUAUUAAUAAGAACAUCAAUGAAGAACAGGUGAUACAGUUACUUAGGAAUUUUUGGGAAGCAAAUAACAAUGCAGACAAGGUCGCAUGGCAAUGUCAGAUAGCAAAUGAUAGGAAGAGCAUGCACAUUGCUGAGCAACUAGAAGAGGAUGAAUGCGAGAGACUUGAACAUGUUCAGGCUGAAGAGGAAGAAGCAAUGUGCAAGGAAGAUGGAAAGAAGAACAAACACAAAUUCACACCCAUCCUAGCUACUGGAAUCCCAGAUGAACAGGCCAUCAUGCCAUGCUUGUAUGCCCUUAGAAAAAUGGAUAAAGGAGAGUACGUCGAGCUAUGGUAUUUCACUAACAAGGGUCUGGAUGAAGCCAAUCAUAAGAAGAUGGUUGAUGAUGAUGCUAUGAUCAUGUCAACAUUAGUGGAUGGCUCAUCCACAUGGGUAUCAGCAGCAUCUACUUGCAAUGCUUGCACUGUCAUUAGUGAUGAUGACUUACUGUUUGAAGAAUUUUGUCAAGCCUGUCCACACAUGUUGACAAUAAUGGAAGAGACAGACUGGCCAGAAGAUAGAAUCAGAAUGAUGGCAAAGUUCUGGAGGAACAUUCAAGUCCACAAGUUCUGA